CCCGUUCCGUGGGGUGGUGCCCCAUAAAUACCCCUCAGCCGGGCUCCAUAUCGUCGACAAAUAUCGGAAACAAGCGUUGUGUCCUUCCCCUCCGUGGAAAACCAAGCAUUCUCCUACAAUGGCUCUCAAGGCCGUUCACGUCUCCGACGUCCCCUGUCUCGAUCAGGUGCCGGAGAACGCCUCUCUUGGCCUCUACUCCACGCGCUUUUCAGCUGGCGUUGACGUAGGUCGGUCAUCGUUCAGAAUUCCAAAGUUUCUGGUGAUUGGGCACAGAGGGAGCGGCAUGAACAUGUUGCAAUCUUCAGAUAGGAGAAUGAAGGCCAUUAAAGAGAACUCCAUCCUUUCCUUCAACACUGCCGCCGAAUUCUCCGUCGAUUUCGUCGAGUUUGACGUUCAGGUGACGAAAGAUGACAUCCCUGUUAUUUUUCACGACAACUUCAUCUUCUCCGAAGAUAAUGGUGUUGUGUACGAGAAGCGAGUAACAGAGUUGCUCCUUUCUGAUUUUCUUCGCUAUGGACCCCAAAGAGAGCCUGGAAAGGUGGGAAAGUCAAUGUUGAGAAAGACCAAAGAUGGGAGAAUUGUGAACUGGAAUGUUGAAGCAGAUGACUGUUUGUGUACAUUGAAAGAAGCCUUUGAGAAGGUGGAGCCUUCUCUGGGCUUCAAUAUAGAGUUGAAGUUCGAUGACAACAUUGUCUAUGAGCAAGAGUAUCUCACCCAUGUUCUUCAAGCCAUCGUGGAGGUUGUGUUUCAGUACGCCAAAGACAGGCCAAUAAUCUUCUCCACUUUCCAGCCGGAUGCAGCUCAGCUUGUCAGAAAGUUGCAGAGCUCCUACCCUGUUUUCUUCCUGACUAAUGGAGGAACCGAGGCUUACUACGAUGUUAGAAGAAAUUCCUUAGAGGAGGCUGUAAAGCUAUGUUUGGAGGGUGGGUUGCAAGGGAUUGUCUCACAAGUUAAAGCAGUCUUUAGAAAUCCAGCGGCUGUAACUAAGAUCAAAGAGUCCAAACUUUCUCUCCUGACAUACGGUCAAUUGAAUAAUGUAGCAGAGGCGGUUUACAUGCAACAUUUGAUGGGUGUGGAGGGAGUGAUAGUUGAUUUGGUUAAAGAGAUAACGGAGGCAGUUUCAGAUUUGAUGAAGCCAUCCAAGGAGGGUGAUGAGGAGAGCUUGCCGGAGGGGGUAGGACAGAUGCAGGUGAAAUCAAAGCCUCAGUUCUCACAGCGGGAGCUCUCAUUUCUUCUUAAGCUCAUACCAGAGUUGAUACAUUCCUGAACUCCGAAACGAGCUUACUGUACACUACCAAUUUACCGGAUGAUUUAAGUUGCAAUUUUAUAACAAAAAAACUUUUGUGUAUCAGUCUGGGUCAUGCCCCGAAUCCAUAAUGUACAUAAAUUGGUCUUUUUUUGCAGUGAGGGUAUCUUAAUCUGUACUCUGUUCCUGUAUUAGUAAUUUGCAGUAAAAUCUUCAAUUUAUGUUUCAAUC